UCCUUCUUUUUGUUUGUCCUAGAAUCCCUUUUCUAGAACAUACUGCAAGGCACGAUUUUAGUCUUGUCCAACCUAUUAUAUUCUUAUACCAAACUAACUAUUUACCUUUCCCUUAUAGUUUGUUGUUGACGGUAACUGGGUCACCGACCACACUGUACCGAAGGAAGUGGAUGAGAGUGGAAACGAGAAUAACGUCCUGACCCCCGAUCGUAUUGUUGCAGAAGCUCCCGCAACUGCUGCCAUCAUGAGCUCUGCCGCCCCGGAUUCUACCACCGCUGCAUUGGCCGCUGGUGCGCCGCUGGAGAAGAAGACGGACGAGGAGUUGCCUGGAACUUUCCCCGAGACGCCUGCCGCCUCCGACCCCGCCGAGGCUGACAAGGGUGGUGAUUUUUCAGUGAACCCCCUGCCGGCUACCGCAGGCGCUGUCAAUCCCAUCACAUUGGCCCCGGGUGAGAAGGUCCCUGAGAAUCUCGCAGCCGCUGCUCCUACAGACAACGUUAAGCUAGACCCCGAGUCCUACGAGAAGAGUGACUCACUUCCAGGUGGUGUCCCUGCUGUUUUGUCCUCUGCUGCACCGGAAUCUACGACUGCCACACUAGCUGCUAGCGCACCUAUCGAGACCAAGGUUCCUGAUGUGGUGAAAGAAAGCCAAGAGAAGGCAAAUGCCGAGCCCGAAGCUAGCGCUAUCCCCGAGGAGGUGAAAGAUAAGGCUGCCGUUGAGGGUGAGCUUCUGGACAAGGUGAAGGAAGCACCUUCCACUUCUGAAGGUACGGCCGGUGAGGGUACCGAGAAGACGGAGAAGGUCGUUAGUCCCGGCGAGGCUGCUGCUUCUGUUGCUGCUGCUGCUACCGCCGUUGGUGGCGCUGCGGUUGCCGGUGCGGUUGCUGCCAAGGACGCUGCUGUCGAGAAAGCUACGGGUGCCGCUUCAACGGUACAAACGUCCGUCGUUGAAGCAGCUGCCAACCUGCCCGACCCGAUCAAGGAGCAACUUCCCGAGUCAGUCCAAAAUGCAAUUGCUGGCACAGCCAAGGAGGAGACGCGCGAGGAAGUGUCGCCCGAGGUGCCUGCUGAGGUGAAGGAAUCUAUCGCCGAAGCAGGAAAGGCCCCGGAGGCCGCAGCAAACACCGAAGCCGUCGAGGACAAGAAGGCCGUUGAGACCGAGCUCCUGAAGGAGGUUAAGCCCGUGAAAGCCGUCGACGAGCAGCCGAAGAGCGAGUCGAAGAGCGAGCCGACAGAGUCGAAGGAUGCUGCUGGCGAAUCUUCCGAGAUCCAGAUUCCUGCAGCCUCAGAAUCGACCGUCACUAACGGCGCGAACGGUACCAAUGGAACCAACGGCACUCAAGAAACGGUUAAGCCUGUUGAAGUUAAGCCAACCGAGACUGCGGAACCGAGUUCGCCAACCACCCCUGCUGAGACUGCUGCCUCGAGUAGCGCUAAGGCAACUGAUGGCUCCGCAUCGGCCGAGAAAAAGAAGAAGAAUCGAUUCAGUGCCCUCUUCGGCAAGGUGAAAAGCAAGCUUUCUAACAAAUAAGCGUUGAUUGCUUGGUCUUCACUUUGGGUACUCGUUUCGGUACGAUUUCUUCCUUCUUUUUCUUUUCUGGAGCUCAUGAUUCCCCAUCUUGCGUCGACUCACCAUGAUAGGUGCUGGCAGGGUAUUGUUCGCUGUUAGACAUCUUGUUGUACAUAUAAAUCCGUUUACUCGGCAUUCCCCAACCACCA